UGAUAUUACGUCAAGUUAUUUGUUAUAAAAGCGAACGUAUCAGCGAGAGCAUUUUAAUAAAAGUAGUCAACUGUUCCAUCAGUGUUUUUGUAAGUGACACAAAUGGCAGCUAAGGAUAAUUUAACAGCCGUCCUUUACGGCAUCGACGACAUGCGUUUGGAACAACGACCGAUUCCCGUCCCCAAAGACAACCAAGUCCUGCUUAAAAUGGAAUCAGUCGGAAUUUGCGGCUCAGACGUGCAUUAUUUAGUCCAGGGCCGGAUCGGGCCUUUCAUCGUCGAAAAACCCAUGAUAAUCGGUCACGAGGCGUCCGGAACGGUCGUUUUGUGCGGCAAAAAUGUCACCUCCUUGAAACCCGGCGACCGCGUGGCCAUUGAGCCCGGCGUUGGCUGCAGGAUGUGCUCUUUCUGCAAAGAGGGCAACUACCACCUUUGCCUCGACAUGCAAUUUUGCGCCACGCCGCCAGUGGACGGCAACCUCUCCAGAUUCUACGUCCACGACGCCGAUUUCUGCUUCAAACUUCCGGACAAUGUGAGCCUUGACGAAGGCGCCCUGAUGGAGCCGCUGGCGGUGGGCGUGCACGCGUGUAAGCGCGCAAAUGUGCGCUUCGGCGACGUGGUUUUGAUUCUGGGGGCUGGGCCCAUUGGGCUUGUUACGCUUUUGGCUGCUAAGGCCAUGGGGGCCACCAAGGCCCUAAUCACUGACAUUGUUGACAUACGAUUGACCAAAGCCAAAGAACUGGGGGCUGACUAUACUUUAAAAAUUGAGAAGAGCAUGACCGAGGAAGAGAUAAUAAAAAAAAUUAAGGCCCUGUUAGGGGAAGAACCUAACGUUAGUCUUGACUGUACUGGUGCCGAACAAUGUGUUAGAGUUGCUGUCCAGGCGACCAAAAGUGGAGGUGUGGUCACGUUGAUUGGUUUAGGAGCUUUCGAAAUGAAUUUGCCGUUAACGGGCGCUCUUAUUCGAGAAGUUGACAUUCGAGGUGUUUUCCGCUAUAAUAAUGAUUAUCCGACUGCUAUUGAAAUGGUGAGAAGUGGAAAAGCAAAUGUUAAAUCUUUGAUUACGCAUCACUACAAGAUUGAAGAUACUUUGAAAGCGUUCCAUACGGCGAAAACAGGCGAAGGAAAUCCGAUUAAAGUAAUGAUUCAUGCCAAUCCAGAAUGGAAAAAAUAAAUGUGGCUUGUGUACAGAUUAUACAUUCAUUUAUUUUUCUUAUAUUGUGUAUGUAUGUAUUAAUAAAGAGCUACAAGUUCAA